UAACCCCCAAAUCACAAGUAUGCGUAAAAGUUUUGCCGACGCAGUGAAAACGUGAAAACGAUGAAAUUCAACGUGAUACAUAUACUAUGAGACUGGGAAAUGACGAAAACUAAAAAUAAACAAGAGAAUAAGGUCGCCGCGGGCCAUGCGCUCAGUCGGGCGCACGUUGUCGCCGGGCGAAGAAGCAAAAUGGAGAAGGAAAAAUUCCUUGCGCCGAACACCUUCUGGAAGUGCUACGACUACGCGCAGAAGUUGAUUUUCGACCCCAACUACGUGGCCACAGCGUGUUAUCUCAUCCUGCUCGCUGAAGUCGUGCUCAAUUAUAUUAUUGUCGAGAAUGUUGCGUACACCGAGAUUGAUUGGAAAGCUUAUAUGCAGGAGGUGGAAGGGUUUUUGAAUGGGACAUUGGACUAUGCUCAAAUUAAAGGUGACACCGGCCCGUGCGUCUACCCCGCCGGCUUCCUCUACGUCUACACCGCCUUCUACUACCUCACCUCCGCCGGCGCCAACAUCCGCCUCGCCCAAUACAUCUUCAUCGGCAUCUACGUAACACAAUCCUACCUCACCUACACCAUCACCAUCAAAACCUGCAAACUCCCCGGCUACGCGCUCAUCCUCAGCUUCCUCACCUCCUACCGCAUCCACUCCAUCUACGUCCUGCGCCUCUUCAACGACCCCAUCGCCGUUCUGUUCUUCUGGGCCGCACUCAACGCCUUCAUCAGCGACCGCUGGAAAACCGGCAGUCUCUUAUUCUCACUCGCAGUAUCAAUCAAAAUGAACAUCCUGCUGUAUUCACCAUGUUUACUACUAGCAUACAUGGCGAAUCUCAACUGGAAACAAACAAUUAGUAAUCUAUUCAUCUGUGGCAUUGUACAACUGUUUCUAGGCUUACCAUUCUUACUGACACAUCCAUGGAGUUACCUCAAAGCGAGUUUUGACCUUGGACGAGUCUUCCAACACCAAUGGACGGUGAAUUAUCGAUUUCUCGACGAGGAAAUCUUCACAGAUAUGAGAUUUCAUAUAGGUUUACUUGUUUUACACAUAACUUUACUGGGGAUAUUCACUCCGUUGAUCUGGAAGUAUUUCAAAGCGUAUAAUACCUUAAAGAAAACAUUAUCAGACAUGAAACAGCAGGUACCUGAACGUAACAAUGAGAAAAAACGUGUUAAACAUACCAAAACACCUCAAAAACCCAUUGAGGAAGAUGCUCCACUCACACAAGAACAACAAGACUUCCUAAACUCAUUCGAGAAGCAGAUAAAGGUGGAGAAACCUAAUAAACCACCUGGAAACACCAAGAAAACAAAUAAAUCCCUGCAGCAUAAACAAAGCAAGGUGAAGAAUGCAAAUGCAAAGUUGCAUGUUGAGAAGGUGAAUCAAGAUCCCCCGGAGCCGAAGUAUGAGAUUAAUUUCAGUAAAGUGACGCAGUUGUUUGUGUUGCCGUUCUUUGUCACUAAUCUCAUUGGGAUUGCGUGUGCGAGGAGUCUGCAUUAUCAGUUCUACUCGUGGUAUUUUCAUUCGUUGUUGUAUUUGGCGUUUAGUACGCCGUUUAGUAAACCGAUGGCGCUGUUGUUGCUGGGGUUGUUGGAGUCGUCGUGGAAUAUUUAUCCCAGUACGGAGUGGAGUAGUGCGACGCUGCAUGUGGUUCAUGCGGGGUUGUUGUAUGGUUUGUAUAAGACUAUGCGGGGAUGAAUUGUAAAGAGAGCAGAUUAUUAAAAGAAAAUUGUUAUAUAUAAA